AUGACACCUAGAAGCGUUAACAAAUCAGCAGCUGGAACAAAUCACUCAGCAACAACAGACAUCAACCCUUCAGCAACAGGCGUGAUUAAACAACAAAACACAUCAAUUCAACAACAUCAGACAUCAAUUCAACAACAACAGGCAUUAAUCCAACAACAGCAGACAACAAUCCAACAACAAAAGGCUAUAAAUCAACAACAGGAACAGACAAUCAAACAGUUGCAAAAGUCAUUUAACACCAUUCCAAGUCUCGGAACAACUUAUAUAAGAUGGGGACGAAAGCAGUGUCCAAAUAAUAAUACAGAAUUGGUAUAUUCCGGCUUUGCAGGUGGAGGUCACUAUACUGAUAAAGGCGCAGCUGCAGAAUAUGUAUGCUUACCACCAGAUCCAAAUUAUGUAAAGACCAGUGGAUUAGAGUAUGGCCGUAUGUUCGGUGCAGAAUUUGACUCAAACUUUUUUGCCUCCAAUGCUAACGAUGAAGACGUUCCUUGUGCUCUCUGUAGAACAGAACGUGCUACAUCUGUUAUAAUGAUUCCUGGUAAGAACACGUGUUACAGUGGUUGGAAGGAGGAAUACCAUGGAUAUUUGGCUUCAGGACUUUAUAGUCAUGUCGCUGCAUCAGCUUACGUAUGCGUUGAUAUAAAUCCAGAAUAUAUUAUUGGAGGUGUGGAUCAACAUCUUGGUAAAUUGUUCUAUGAAGUUCUUACGAAAUGUGGAUCUCUGAAAUGUCCUCCGUACAUAAACAAUUAUCCACUAACAUGUGUAGUUUGUUCCAAGUUAUAA